AGUCGCACGCUCUUACCGCUAGGCCACCAGUUUUCCUAUUUCAAUAACUUUUAGAAACUAUAAUGAAUUUAUUGACAAUAGUAAAGUUGUAAUAGAUUGUAAAGUUUCUAUCGAACAAGCUCUCGUACUCUUUUAUCUUACUCGAUGAACAAUAAACUUUCAAUAUCACUUUUUGCUUCAAUGACCUUUCCGAGUGAUAAGUAGUGCACUGAAUUGACUAUGAUUGUGCCGGAACUCUUCAAUAUUUUACUUUUAUUUAUCACAACAUGUCACAGCGCGAUGGAAGGGUUUAUCGAAGGGGGUGCUUACGCGAAAAUAGAGAAUUUUCCACAUUCCGUGUUUCUGUACAUGAUAUGUAAGAGCCCACAAGUGUGCGGCGGAUCCAUUUUGACCCAGAAUAUAAUUUUGACAGCGGGACAUUGUUUUGAAAAUUGUUCAAUUAAGGGUAAACAGAUCAUAGCUUUUGCAGGCAGCGAGAACACUGAUGAGAUGCUAGUCUCCGAUGACAUCAACAAGUUUCGCAUCCACGAAGACUAUGAUACGAAGGGGCUUUUCAACGACAUAGCCAUAGGUUAUUUAAAAUCUGACUUGCCUCUCGGAGACACCAUGAAGCGAAUCAUUAUUGGCAAGAGCUUUCCUGGCGUUACCAUGGCUAAGAUAGCGGGGUGGGGCGCAGUUGAUGAAGGCACGAUGCAACAAACCCAGAAAUUGAAGAUGGUGACACAGAUCCUACAACCAUUUACUGCGUGUCUUGAAGUGAUUAAACUGAGAGAAGGAAUGAUGUGUGCUAUGAACAGCGCAAGGAAUCACCCAUCGCACGGCGACUCCGGCAGCGCACUAAUAUCGAAGAAUAGUCAGCAGAUCGGUCUGGUGUCUUUCCGGACCCCGAACAGGAAAGAAGUGGUCAUUUACACAAACGUGUCCUACUACUAUAACUGGAUCGAGGAGCAGACGAGACACCUGCAGUGCGCGGAUUGAGAAUGACUUUUUAAACAUGGCGGCCAGAAUGGACAAAGAUUA